AUGGAAGGGCUUUACUUCAAUGUUAACUAUGGAUAUAUUGAAGGAGUAGUUAGAGGCUACAAGAGUGGAUUAUUAACCUCCAAUCAAUAUGUUAAUUUAACUCAAUGUGAUAAUUUAGAAGAUUUAAAAUUACAAUUAUCAUCAACCGAUUAUGGAAAUUUCAUGGCAAAUGUUGGUUCUGGAUUAAGUACUGGUAUAAUUCAAGAUAAUUUAUCUAAGAAAUUAUAUCAACAAUUUCAAUAUAUUAAAUUACAAUCACUGGGGAAAUUAACUAAAUUUCUAGAUUUUAUAAGUUAUGGAUAUAUGAUUGAUAAUGUAAUUUUAAUGAUUACUGGUACAUUACAUGAAAGAGAUAAAUCGGAGAUCUUAAGUAAAUGUAACCCAUUGGGAUGGUUUGAUACAUUACCUACAUUAUCAAUUGCUACUGAUAUUGAAAGUUUAUAUUCAACAGUAUUAAUUGAUACUCCUUUAGCCCCAUUUUUUAAGAAUUGUAUUAAUGCUGAUGAUUUAGAUGAUUUAAAUAUUGAAAUUAUUAGAAAUAAAUUAUAUGCUAAUUAUUUGGAUUCAUUUGUUGAAUUUAUUCAAUUAGAAUUUGAUAAUCCUGAUAAAGAAAUUAUGGAAAGAUUAUUAACUUUAGAAGCUGACAAGAGAGUUAUUAAUAUUUCAUUGAAUUCAUUAAAUAAUCCUGAUUUAUCAAGUGAAGAUAAAUUAGAUUUAUUCCCAAAUUAUGGGAAAUUAUAUCCAACUUAUCAUUAUCAAUUAAGUCAAGUUGAUGAUAUUGAACAAUUGAAAUCAAUUGUUGAAAAUAUUGGUGAAUAUAAAGAUAUCUUUAAUGAAAGUGGAGAUGCUACCACUAGUGGUAGUAAUAUUAGAGGAUUAGGUGAUUGGUUUUAUCUUUUAGAAAUGCAAUUAUGUAGGAAUGCUUUUACUCAACAAUUUACUUUAAGUACAAUUUAUGCUUGGUUAAAAUCAAAAGAACAAGAAAUUAGAAAUAUUACUUGGAUUGCUGAAUGUAUUGCUCAAAAUCAAAAGAAUAGAAUUGAUAGUUAUAUUAGUGUAUACUAG